UCUAGAAGGCAAGCCCGGUACCUACUGUACGGAUUCGUAUGUACAAUACAAUACAUACAAGUACAGCGGAGUAAGUAAGGCAACAGGACUAGCCGUGUUCCAGUGAAGGCUCUCACCUCAUUUGCACACAUUGCAGCGCACACAAGCCGGGUCUGUUUUCACCGGAUCUUUCCUCACCGACUCCACCGGGGGCUAGGUCCGGUCCCCUCCCACUCUCUGUCUCGGCCCCUCGGGAGGGUCGCCUGAGUGCAGGUUUGCAGUUUCUCUGUUUGCGCGCUCUGGGCCUCUGGCAGAUCGAUGGCAGGGUGUCUAAUUCGCUCCUUCCAUUGCUGACGCCCAAGCAUUCCGUGCUGCACACCCUGUCGGCCGCAAUUUUUAUCGCUCGCUCGACACGAGGAUUGCACCUGCUUUCCCCUUCCCCUCCCUCCCCUCUCUUCUUUUCCCUUUCCUCCUGCAACAUGAGCGCCCCUGCCGACGCCGCCCAAUCUCUGGCGCAGACAAGCAAAGACCAGACUCCCGCCCUGACCUCUGCUGCCCUGGCUAGCAGCACCGUUAGCAACGCCAACAGCCCCGCCGCACUCUCCAGCGACGAUGCCUCGCGAGGACAGUCCGCCGCCGCCGCCCCCGGUGCCUCCGAACUCGCCAGUACAAAGAUAAAACUACUGGGUGCGCUGAAGCACUUCCCGGACUUCCCCAUCCCCGGCAUCAAGUUCAUCGAUAUUCUGCCCCUGUUCCAAGAUCCGGUCAUCCACGCAGCCCUACUGCGCGCCCUCGAACUUCAGGUCCUCGAGUUCGGCGGCCAGGCCAAGCCUGAUGUGAUAGUGGGGUUGGAUGCGAGGGGCUUCCUCUUUGGGCCCUCGCUCGCGCUGCGUCUCGAUGCGAGCUUUGUGCCCGUCCGCAAGAAGGGCAAGAUGCCGGGGCCCUGCGUGACCGCCGCCUACGAGAAGGAAUAUGGAACCGAUUUCUUCCAGAUGCAGGAGGAUGCGGUGAAGCCCGGCCAGAAGGUGCUGGUCGUUGAUGAUAUUAUUGCUACCGGCGGCUCCGCUGCUGCAGCUGGCACUCUUGUCAAGCAAUUGGGAGGCGAACUAAUCGGAUAUCUCUUCAUUCUCGAGAUUCCUGUUCUGAAUGGCCGCUCGAAACUUGGCGGUGUCCCGACUGUCACUCUUCUCGAGACGAACGAGUGA